AUGGCUUCGAACAGCAACACCGCCAACAAGAAAGUCGACGAGAAAGUUAACGCUCCACUCACUCCAAAGGAGAUGGGCCGUAAAGGCGACUUGCUCGACAAGCUCACCGGCAGCUUCAACUUCUUCUACCACACCAUCCCAGAGAAAGCGAAGGCGGCCAAGCAGAAGAUCAAGGAGUUGAAAGAGGGCCCAAAGAGUCGCCCAGAUCCGAGAUUGGCAGGAUUGGGCAAGCCCCACGAGAACUACGACAUGCCGGACUGCGACCAGAGCCUCGAGAGCGUGCGCGAGGGGCCGCAGUAG